AUGGAGUCAAGAAUUCCUUAUAUGAUAGCUGGAAUUUUUUGUCAAGACACUUUUAGCUCUGAAGAAAGCUUACAAAACCCAAAUGAGCACACAUUUUUUAGAACUGACGCUAAAGAAGUGACAUUUGAUUUGAAAUUCAGCGAAACAAAAAUCAAUGAAAUCCACUAUUGGGCAAUGGGUAAUACUCAAAUUACAAUUUUAGCUUCAAAUGAUAAUGAUCCUGCUACACAGGAUCGUUUAAUAUAGAAUUCUAUAUUACUCUACUUCUAGAAUAAUACUAAAAUAAAUUUGUUUAAAAUUCGCAAUAAAAAGUAUAUUCUCUCAUAUAGAUACACAGGGAAGCUUUAUUAAAAAAGAAAUUUAUACUGCGGAAAAAGAAUUUCCAAGUUCAUUAAAUAAAUUAUACACUUCGAUUAGGCUUAUAGUUAGAAAUCUCAGCAGCUCAACAGAACUUAGAGUAAAUUAUCUAGGUAUGGUGCCAGAAUACACAAAUAAUUCCCAAUCCUUAAUGGACAACCCCAAAGAAUUCAGCCCACCAAUAAAGAGGCUUAAAGAGAGUAUACCCAUAAAAAAGCACAAUGAAAGUCCUAUUCCAUGUCCAAAACUAGUGAAGCAUGAACCAUUUUUCAGCUCCAUUUCUCAAGCAACGCCAAAAUCAACUAUAUAUCGCCAAACUCAUUUAACAUUUGAUCAGCAAAGUCAACAAGACAGACUUAGAUCUUUAAUUGCUGUUAAUUCGCCUCCAAAAGUAAAAAACCCUACAAAUAGCUACAAAGAUCUACUGAAUGGAUGUGUUAUUAUUUGCCAGUUGGAAGAUGAAGUCGCUAAGCUAAUAGCUCAAGAAUUAUGUGAGGUUUCUGGAGCUUGCUAUAUUGAGAGUUAUACAGAUGAUGUACAGUAUCUCAUUUCAGAUGGUUCUGAUGAAAAUUUAAUACUUCAAGUGAGGAGAAAUGGAGGAUUUAUAGUUCGUCUUCAAUGACUUUAUGACUGUAUCGAAACUAGGACAAAGAGAGAUGUAUCUAAUUAUUUGCUAUUCUAAUCUCUAGAGCGAGCAAAACAAUUGGGAAAAUAACUAUUUUUUUAGGGAAAGAGAAUCCUCAGGAUCGAACAAAACAUUUUUUAUAAAAAACUAUUAUUAUGAGUGAUAAUUAUUAUAAUGAAAUCUCAAAAUAACCCUAUUGAAUUUACAAAUUAAAUUAGUUUUAAUUCCAAUUUAUGCAAAAUUUAUUUUUUUUAAAAAAAAUAUUAAAACAAUUAACUUAAAUGAACAAAAUUUUUUUUCGCUCAAGAAGGUUAGAGUAA